AUGAAAGCCAUGGACGCGGCAGCUGACAUCCUUGUUCGCUACGAGGAAGCCUUGCAUUACAUCAACAUAGAUGCUGUCUUGCUUGGCUUGAGGGUCCAGGGCAUUGUCCACCACCACGAAUAUAUUGAUGUCGUGAACAAGGCCAGGAGGGAAAAAGUGUUAUUUCUCCAAGAAGUAUUGUCUAUGGGAGGAGACAAUGCAUUUCCAGCUUUCAUUCAAGUACUUCACAAGAAUCAUCACGUCGACCUUGCCAACAGGCUAAAUGAAGAGUGGAAAAGGAGGAAUGAGGGACAUGGGGCAAGCUCAGGGGAAGGAGGAAGAGAUGUUGGACCAAACGAGAUGCCUCGUGCAACUGAAGUAAUUCCUGGUGCACAGAGUGGAAGCACCGCAUCGCACCGAACUGAAGCGCAACCGACGCGGUUCCCGUCAAGCUCACAAGAUGCAACUACGAACUUGAUAGCUAGAGCUUCUCAGAAUAGCGAGUCACGAGACCUGAAUGUGGAGAGACCUGGAGCUUCGGAACCCAAUCGAAAAAGGGCUUUCAUAGGUUACGUGAAACAGUUCCAGCAACAAUUUCAAUCGCGCAAAGAUUUAAUCGUGGCAUCUAUCGCGGUUCUGUUUGCAAUCGGCGUGUUCCUCUUGGUUUCGAAGGUAUCAUUGGCGAGAGCGGCAUCAAAUACUGGCCACAGUGGUGAGAAAACACCGUCUCGAAUACAGAUAAACGAGGAGCAGGAAACAUGGGACUUGAUCAGGGCGAACCGUCGGAAGCUUCGGGAUGAUUAUAACUUGGACUUUGAGGAGUUGCUUCUAAGUUUGAGUGAGAAGAAAGUCUUCACGGCCCCCGAGGAAAAGCAAAUACGAAGCAAAGAAAAUCGAAAGCUAUUUGACGAGCUCUUCGAAAUCCUCGUACACAAGAAUCCAAAAAAAUUCAUACCCGUCUUUCUGCACACACUCACUGAAAUUGGAAGGCAGGAUAAAAGUGUCGGGAGCAUUGCUUUUGGGGUGACCCUCAUAAUUCAGAAACAGAGUUAUCACCAGCAUAUGGCCUAUGGAACAGAGGAGCAGAGCCUUGUACGCCUCGCACGGUAG